AUGUCCUUCGAAGAUCUGCACAAGGCCACCGCACACCAAUUGUCUGCUGCUGUAGACUCCAUCUGCAAGGACUUCGAGGUCGAUGCCGCUAAACUGGACGAAUUGACCGCCUACUUCAUCGAGCAGAUGGAGAAAGGGCUGGCGCCGAUCCAGGAUAAACAGACCGACAAAGGUUUGCCCAUGAUCCCCACGUUCGUCACCGGGAGCCCCAACGGUACCGAACAAGGUGUCCUGCUCGCUGCUGACCUGGGGGGCACCAAUUUCAGAGUGUGUUCCGUCACUUUGAACGGGGACCACACGUACUCUAUGGAACAGAUGAAGUCGAAGAUUCCAGACGAGCUGCUAGAGGACGAGAACGUCACCUCGGAUGACCUGUUCGGGUACCUGGCCCGCAGAACAGCUGUCUUCUUGAAGAAGUACCACCCAGACGCAAUUGCACCCAAGGCCGGUGGUGCCGCCGCGGAGUCCCUGAAGUUGGGAUUCACCUUCUCGUACCCUGUCGACCAAACGUCGUUGAACUCAGGGUCCCUUAUCAGAUGGACCAAGGGGUUCAACAUCCCAGACACCGUCGGGAAGGACGUCGUGCAGUUGUACCAGGACCAAUUGACAGAGCAGGGGCUCGACAUGGUCAACGUCGUCGCUUUGACGAACGACACGGUCGGUACGUUCCUGUCCCACUGUUACACCUCCAACAACACCGACUCGCUCACCUCAGGGGAGAUCUCAGAACCCACGAUCGGGUGUAUCUUCGGUACGGGGACCAACGGGUGCUACAUGGAGGAGAUCAGCAAGAUCACCAAAUUGUCAGACGACGCACGCGAGAAGCUGCUCAAGGAGGGGAAAACCCACAUGGUCAUUAACACCGAGUGGGGGUCCUUCGAUAACGAGUUGAAACACCUCCCAACGACAAAAUACGAUAUCGACAUCGACCAGAAGUACACUCCAAACCCAGGGUUCCACCUGUUCGAAAAGCGUGUCUCAGGGAUGUUCCUGGGUGAAGUUCUAAGAAACGUGCUUGUCGACUUGCACGCAAGGGGGCUUAUCUUCGCGCAGUACCGCACCCAGGCACAGUUACCUCACCGCUUGCAAACGCCUUUCGAGCUAGACUCAGAGGUGCUUUCGCACAUCGAGAUCGACGACUCCACGGGGCUCCGCGAGACGGAACUUUCCCUGCUACAGUCCCUCCGCCUACCAACAUCCCCCUCCGAGCGUAAGGAGAUCCAGAAACUGGUCCGUGCCAUCUCAAGAAGGUCCGCGUACUUGGCAGCGGUGCCCAUCGCCGCGAUCACCAUCAAGACCGGUGUCCUCAACAAGAGGUACCAUGGUGAAGUAGAGAUUGGUUGCGACGGGUCCGUAGUGGAGUACUACCCUGGGUUCAGGUCCAUGUUGAGACACGCACUUGCACUAUCUCCCUUGGGCUCAGAGGGUGAGAGGAAGGUUCACUUGAGACUCGCUAAGGACGGGUCUGGUGUAGGUGCCGCCCUGUGCGCCCUGGUUGCUUAA